GCUAUAAAGUCUCGUCCCCCACUUCCCUCGAUCAACAUCGUCUGGACUCACGGAACAGAUCUGUUCUCUCUCAGACUCUCUGCAGCGGCCAUCCGUCGUACAAUCCACCCUCCGGACGCACGGCAGCCAUGGCCGAGGCGGCGCAGGGCGGGGGGCUACGCGGCCGCGGCGCUCUGCUGGGCGGCGUCCAGGACGCGCCGGCGGGGCGGGAGAACGACCUCGAGACCAUCGAGCUCGCGCGCUUCGCCGUCGCCGAGCACAACACCAAGGCCAACGCGCUGCUGGAGUUCGAGAGGCUGGUGAAGGUGAGGCAGCAGGUGGUGGCCGGGUGCAUGCACUACUUCACCAUCGAGGUCAAGGAAGGCGGCGCCAAGAAGCUCUACGAGGCCAAGGUGUGGGAGAAGGCCUGGGAGAACUUCAAGCAGCUCCAGGACUUCAAGCCGGCCGCCUGAAAAGAUGUAAAUAAAUAUGUUAUGUGAGCUGAACCGCUCAAGCUUGUGGAUGGGGCCUAUCCAACACGCCAGCCUCACUGGAUACUGGUGUAAUAUGAUGAAAUAAACCUGCUUCCUGCCA